GUGAUUUGCCGGGACUACUACGUCUGUCCAGCACAGCGGCGUCCGGCAACCAGUUCUCUCUCUCUCACACAAAGACAUGCAGACGCAAUGAGAUUCAUUCAACAGCGAGAAGGGUUUCGCCCCAAAUAAUACCGAAUCCAUUUGCAGCUUUGGGCGCUCAACAAAGAAAAAGACAACCAUCAACGCGGUUACAUUGGAGAGAGUGCCAUCAGAUAUCAUGGACGAAGUUGUACAGGCUGUUGAGAAGGUUAAAAAAGAGUGGGACGAGACAUUUGAACGAGCCCAAAAGCAUGUUAAAGCAGUUGAGGAAUAUGGUAAAUCAGGAACUGGUAGUAACAAAGGGAAUUCUCUUCCAAGACUAAAUGGCCUUGCACAGGAUGAGUUGGCUUUACUUAGAUCUUUUCAGUUUAGACUUGAUCUUCUUGCCCCACAGCUGCCCACUGAAGAAGAAAUACUAUCUGCUCAAUCAACAUUAGAAUAUUGGAAGAUUCAAUAUCAGAGUUUGCAUUUGGGCCUAAGGAAUGCCAAUUUGAAAGCACAGGCCAAUGUAAGGAAAGCUGCUCAGGCAGAGAGGGAACUUCUUUUAGGAGGUGGAGGAGAGUCCACAAUUCGCCGGCGAAAUUUGCAGACAAAAGCUGGAAUGACAUCUGCUGCAGAAAGCAUCACAGAGAGUCUUCGCCGCACCCGUCAAUUGAUGGUUCAGGAGGUGGAAAGAAGUGCAAACACAUUAGUGACCUUUGAGGAAUCAACCGGAGUAUUAAAGAAAGCAGAAAGUGAGUACAAGGGACAUCGCUCACUGCUUAUGCGGACAAGAAACCUACUGUCCACAAUGCAACGUCAGGAUGUUAUUGACAGGGUGAUACUUGUAGUUGGGUUUAUCUUGUUCUCUUGCGCUGUUUUAUACGUUGUUUCAAAACGUAUUGGGCUGCUCAAGUUGCAGAGAAAACUUACUUCUGCUAUCAAGGCAGGGAUGAUUGGACAGGGAGAAAUGAGACCGGGGGAUGCUGCUGAAGAUGGCUUUAAAAUUUUGCAUGUUCAUGACAAUGUACUGCCCAACAUAGAUGUCCCAUUGGAACAUAGGCAUGAUGAAUUUUGAAUCUUUUUGUCAAAUUAAUGCAGUUUUUUCCGUUCCUAUUAUGUUAUCUGUACACAAAGAGCCUAAAUUGAGCCCUCUCAUGACUAGCUUCCUAGUGUGUCUUAAGUUUGGCUGGUUUUCAUUUCACUGGCAUUCAUUUUUCUCCUGCUGAAGAUGAAUAUUCCCCUGUGGGACAAUUAUCAAAAAAAAAAAAAAAACCCUGUGGGACAUCCAUCCGGUCCAGUGUUAAAAGCCAGAGUGCUAUUCUAUACUUAUUUUUUGACUGGUGAAUAAAAGAAACUUUUCCAUGGUUGAGCUCAUCAACUCUGUUCAGCAGGCGGGUUUUGGACAGAAAUAACCCAGAAUUUGGAGACGUACCAGAGAAUCUUGACUUUUCCUUAAAAUUUGGAGGUCCCUUGUGAAUGGCUUACCAAUACUGGAGCUUCAUGUACUAGAGUAUUACAUUGUUGUCUUGUUGGUAACUGGUGAGUAAUUUUUUCACCAUUUUCUUUGGCGAAGUUUUAUGCCUGUAAGCCAUCUUGAACUAUGAAAAUCAUUCAAGCAUAGGAAUCAUAAAGAUCUUACUGGAGCUUCAUGUACUGGAGUA